AUGGGUGAGCCAAAUUCGAAUUCAAAUUCACUGAAGUAUUUGCUAGAGAUUACUGAAAAUUACGGUGUGCCACAUAAACAUCUCGUGCAACUCAUCAUCAAACAUGGGAUUUUACAGACUCAUUAUUUCUGCAACAAAUUUGUUCAAUAUGUCCAGGUCUAUAGCGCUGGAGACAAUAUUAUUACUCAACUAGAUGAUGGACAAGAGAAAAUACUUAUUGAAAAGUUAAUCACUGUAAUUAAUAAUGCUCUGGUUCCACUCUAUCUUCGAUUGAUACAGACAGAUGACGAAUAUGACGAUAAGAACGGUUACAUUGUACUGCUUAGUGACCAAAGACCAAGUGAUUUUUUACGUGAUGCAUUUGGUUUAACGCAAACCGAAAUUACGCUGUUCCAUUUGUGGAUAAGCGCUAUUUGCAAUAGUGAAAAUGGUGAAAUUUUGAAGCAUGAAGCAUUAUCGAUCGCUUCAGAUUUGUUAGUGAAGGGGAAAAAAGUAGAUGAAGAGGAUCUCCUGCAACAGUUCGUUUCAAACAAAUGGCUAAUAAUGGAUAAUGUAAAUGCGACGAUUCGUCUGGGUGCCCGUGGAAUUGCAGAAUUGCAAAAUUAUUUUAGCUCACAUGCAAAUGAAUUUAAGCUCGAAAAAUGCAUUGUAUGUGGCAAAUUUAUAGUUAUGAAGAAUCGUGCAGUUUUCUGCGAAACGUGUCGAAAUUUUUCUCACAGACAAUGCGGGCUGAAAAUUAUGAAAUCUGUAAGAACGGGAAAAGUACUAUGUCCAGGUAAAUUGGCGAAUGAUGAAUCGUGUACUGCAGAACUUCAUAUAUCUACCGAAAGAGACAGUGUGAAACAUGAUCAGAAAGGUAAUCGUAAACGUCGUAUUGCAAAUGACUUUGAGGAACAAGAUGGAUAUGAUAUCGAUAGUACAGAAAAAUUUCAUGAUGCAGAAAUAUUUUAUGCGGGAUUGUUGGCAUUGAUCGAAGGUAUUAAGGUUUUCCGGUUAAGAACUGUUAUGGAUUCUGAAGAAGUCGAUUUAGAAACGCCAGCUGGUACUUUGGCUGAUUCAUUGGCGCAAAUUUUUAUGAUGACAACCAGGGUUGAGCUGCGACAACAGGCAUAUCAGAUGGUUGGUGUUGAGAAUAAUCGUGAUUUUGCUCUCGCUGUCGAGGCACGUCUCAAUGAAUACUUCCAAAGUAAACAGCGUAAAUUGGACAGAAGAUCAAUUUUGCAAAUACGUGAAGAGAAGGAUGAUGCAAGUGUAAUUUUGGAACAUUUCUUGAAAACUGCAGGUUUACCUCCAGAUGCUGUGGAAAAGUUUAGCUCAAAGAAGUAA